GUGCCGGCACAUUGAUCAGUAAUAAUUCAGUCGGCAGACGGCGCCAUGCAGUGGCAGACGUGUGUGUUACUGUUGUGUGCGACGGCCAUAUUGGCGGACGACGAAUGGCGGGAAGUGAAAACUGCACAGGGGGUUGUGCGCGGGCGCAAGCACCCGACCGAGGAUAUAUACACCUUCUAUAAUAUACCAUACGCUACAGCUCCUGUUGGCGUUGACAAAUUCAAGGCACCCAUUCACCCACCAGUAUGGUUGCAACCAUAUGACGCCAUUGACAAACAUGUGGUUUGUCCUCAACCUAUAUUCCCAAUGUCUGAUCUUCAACCAUGUAACUUAGUGCAACAAGAAAAUUGUCUGAGUGCUAAUGUUUUUGUACCAAACACAAACAAGAAGAAUCUUUCCGUGGUAGUGUAUGUUCAUGGAGGAGCUUUUAUUAUGGGAUGGGGAGAAAUGUUUAAAGCCACACAGUUGAUGAAUAACAAAGAUAUUAUUGUCGUUACGUUCAACUAUCGACUGGGAGUCCACGGCUUCCUCUGUCUCGGCACUGAAGACGCACCAGGCAAUGCUGGAAUGAAAGACCAAGUAGCAUUGUUGCGCUGGGUGCAGAAGAACAUCGCUAGCUUUGGUGGUAAUCCAGAUGACGUCAAUAUCAUAGGAUACAGUGCGGGAUCAGCAUCAGUAGACCUGCUAAUGCUCUCCAAGGCAGCCGAAGGAUUGUUCCAUAGAGUUGUACCAGAAAGUGGUGGAAACCUUGCUGCAUUUUCAAUCCAAAGAGAUCCUGUAGAGAUUGCCAAAACAUUCGCAAGACAACUGAACUUUACUAACGUAGAUGAUAUUUAUGCUCUUGGAGAGUUCUACAAGACAGCUUCUUUAGAAUUGUUGACUUCAGAUCCAUUUUUUGAUAAGACUGAUUCUACUUUCAUGUUCUCUCCAUGUGUGGAGCGCAAAAUGGGACAAGAGACAUUCCUGACGGAAUCUCCACUAACCAUAUUGAAGAACGGCAAGUACAAGAAGCUACCAGUAUUGUAUGGUUUCGCUGAGAUGGAAGGACUGCUACGUAUUGAUUUCUUCCCAUUAUGGAAGCAAAAGAUGAAUGAGAAAUUUUCUGAUUUCCUGCCUGCUGACCUUAAAUUUGAAUCUGAAGAAGAAAGGGAAGAAGUAGCCAAUAAAGUUAAGAGAUUUUACUUUGGUGAUGAGCCUGUCAGUGAAGACAAUAUUUUGGAAUACGUGAAUUUCUUUUCGGAUGUAAUUUUUACAUACCCAAUGCUUUGGGCAACCAAAUUGCACGUAGAGGCAGGCAACAAUGAAAUAUAUUUGUAUGAAUACUCAUUUGUUGACGAAGAUGUUCCUGAAGUGCCACAUACUAAAAUAAGAGGUGCUAACCACUGCGCUCAGUCGAUGGCCAUAAUGGAUGGUAAAAAUAUGACACAUAGAGAUGAAUCUUUGGCGACUCCUGAGUUUCAGAAAAUGAAGAAGACGAUGCGAGAAAUUUGGUACAACUUUAUUAAAACUGGAAAACCUGUGCCUGAAGGGUCGUCGCUGCCUGCGUGGCCCGCUGCCGGCGCUGACAGGUCUCCGCACAUGUCGCUGGGGCAGAAGAUAGAGCUGCGCGGAGUACUGCUGGAAGAACGCACACGCUUCUGGGAUGACAUCUACCAGAGAUACUACAGGGAGCCUGUACCUCCAUCACCAGCGUCGCAUUUUGAGUUAUAAUAGAAUUUUAAAGUGUUUUAAAUAGCAUGUCAAUAAUAUUACCUGCUUCUUGGUUAAUGAUUAGAUACUGUGGUUGUCUAGUAUUUAUUUUUUAAUUUUAAAUAGACGUUGCCCCACACUAGGAUUUUCUCCUGUGUCGUAGGUGUGUUUACAAACAUACAAGUUCACAUACACAUGACAACCAGACUCGAAACAACAAUUUGUGGAUAACACAAAGAGUUGCUCCGUGCGGGAAUGGAACCUGCUACAAAUAGCACGGCAGCCAACCGUGCAGUCAAUAUGGAAGAUAUUGUUCCUUUAUUUUGUUUGUUAGUUGACCGAUACCCAAAUAACUAAGUAUAAUGGAGUGUCAGUCGAUUAAUGAGUGGCUGAAGAUCGUAAUUAUGGAAAUUGAUAGGGCUAUGAAAAUAAAUAAUGUAUGAACAUGAUAUUUAUUUGCUCCAUUAGUUAGAUCGAGGACAUGUAUGUUUGUAAAAUUAAUGGAUUAUAAUUUGAACAAAGUACCUUGUUAGUUUUUAUGUAUUAAACGAAUGUCGAUGGGGCUUUAUUAAAACUAUUUUAUUACA